UUCACACUCUUUGUCUAUAGCACUUUUUAAAAUGACAUCGGCACCUGAGCUGGUUACAGGCACAGCCGAGCCAGAACAGAAUGGAAAGUUUACACUGGAGAUCGCUGAUAUUGUGGUUGUGGUGGUCUACUUUAUAUUUGUGCUAGCAGUGGGAAUAUGGUCGUCUGUCAGAGCCAACAGGGGAACUGUUGGAGGAUACUUCCUAGCAGGCAGAUCCAUGACAUGGUGGCCAAUUGGAGCUUCUUUGAUGUCCAGUAAUGUUGGCAGUGGCUUGUUCGUUGGAUUAGCAGGCACUGGGGCAGCAGGGGGACUCGCUGUUGGGGGAUUUGAGUGGAAUGCUGUAUGGGUCCUCAUUGCUUUGGGAUGGAUCUUCGUGCCUGUGUACAUUUCUGCUGGAGUCGUCACCAUGCCCGAAUAUCUCAGGAAGCGGUUUGGAGGCCAGCGAAUUCGGAUCUACAUGAGUGUCCUGUCUCUCAUUCUCUACAUCUUCACCAAGAUAUCAACAGACAUUUUCUCUGGAGCUCUGUUCAUUCAGGUGUCACUGGGAUGGGACCUGUACCUCUCCACUGUAGUGCUGCUUGCAGUCACAGCACUCUAUACUAUUGCUGGUGGUUUGACAGCAGUGAUUUACACUGAUGCACUGCAGACUGUCAUCAUGGUUGUUGGAGCAUUUGCUCUCAUGUUCAUAGCAUUUAAUAAAGUGGGCUGGUAUGAGGGCUUGCUGGAGCAGUAUGGCAAAGCUGUACCUGCUCUCACGGUUCCGAACACCACAUGUCACCUCCCUCGCCCUGAUGCCUUCCACAUCUUCAGGGACCCAGUCAGUGGUGAUCUGCCGUGGCCAGGCCUGAUAUUCGGGCUCACCGUGCUGGCUAUGUGGGUGUGGUGCACUGACCAGGUAAUAGUGCAGAGGUCACUCUCUGCUAAAAACCUGUCGCAUGCUAAAGGAGGCUCAGUGCUGGGUGGCUACCUAAAGAUCCUCCCAAUGUUCUUUAUCGUCAUGCCAGGGAUGAUCAGCAGAGUGCUCUACCCAGAUGAAGUGGGAUGUGUGGAUCCUGAUGAGUGCUUUAAGAUAUGUGGAGCUGCUGUGGGCUGUUCUAACAUCGCCUAUCCUAAACUUGUGAUGGAGUUAAUGCCAGUAGGUAUGCGAGGCCUGAUGAUUGCCGUGAUGAUGGCUGCUCUCAUGUCCUCCCUUACCUCUAUAUUUAACAGCAGUAGCACUCUCUUCACGAUGGACAUUUGGCUGCGUAUGAGACGGCAGGCAUCCGAAAAGGAGCUCAUGGUUGUGGGCAGGGUAUUCAUUUUAUUCUUGGUGGUCCUGAGCAUCUUAUGGAUUCCAAUUAUUCAGUCAGCCAACAGUGGGCAGCUCUUUGACUACAUUCAGUCCAUAACCAGUUACUUGGCCCCUCCGAUCACUGCCGUCUUCGUGAUGGCCAUCUUCUGGAGUCGUGUGAAUGAGCAAGGAGCGUUCUGGGGGCUGAUGGUGGGUUUGGUGGUUGGGCUUGUGCGGAUGGUGAUGGAGUUUGUCUAUGAUACUCCUUCCUGUGGCAAGGAGGACAUGAGACCUGCCAUACUGAAAGAUGUGCAUUACCUGUACUUUGCUCUUAUACUGCUCGCACUGUCAGCAUUGGUCAUUACUGCAGUCAGCCUUUGCACUUCUCCCAUUCCAGAGCAACAUCUUAUUCGUCUAACCUGGUGGACAAGAAAUAGCAAGAAGGAACGAGUAGAUCUGGAGGACUUGUGGGCAUCCUCACCCACAUCAGCACCUUCUCACCCUAGUUCUAACCCCGACCAGAACAUAGAAAAGCCUGGGUGGUGGAGACGAUUGGGAAUGUGGCUAUGUGGACUUUCUGAAGCUCCCAAACCAGAUCUAAGCAGAGAGGAACAGCUGGCUUUGGAGAAAAAGCUGACUAGUAUUGAGGAGGAAUCGCUCUGGAGAAAUGUUUGCAAUGUCAAUGCCAUCAUUCUACUUACUGCCAAUGUGUUUCUUUGGGGCUACUUUGCUUGAGGAAAAACACAAUUUGUCAUAUAUCUUCAGGGAUGUCAUUCAUCUUAAAUGGGUAUCAGCUAUAAACCAUAAACAGAGGCUAUAAACAGAGUACCAAGUAACUUGAAUUUGAUAAAAACUACUGUACACAUAAAUAAAAACACCCAAUACUUUAUAGUAUCUUUAAAAACCAACCCAUUAAAUAAUAAAUAAUAACAAAAAAUCAAUCUACAGAAGUAAUAAAACAAACAAACAAACAAACAGGUGUUGAAAUUAAAUUAAUUCAUUUCACUUCAGUUCCGUUGUAUUUAUAUAUUUUUUGCUGUUGUUUUUUAAACAAUGGACAAUAUCCAAAAGCAGUGCUUCAUAAAUCAAGCUAUAGGUUGAUUGUUUAGACAGAUACAGAGGCAAAUGAUUGUUUAAAUCUCUAUAUGGUUUAUUUAAAGAUUUUCUGUUAUACAAGUUUAAACAUAUUAGUUAAUCAUUUCUUUAUAGAAAGAUUUAUAACUUUCAUGUUUGUUCAGUAAAUGUCUUAAAAAAAGACCUACAGGCAUUUGAUUAUAUAAAAUUCUUUAACAUACAAUGUACAAUUUAAUGCUUAGACCUGACAAGUUACCAUAUAAAUAGUGUUAAUAAAGCUGAUAAGAUUUGCUGCA